CUGCCAAUUCCAGUGCGCCAUAAAGACGAACUAGUCGAUAGAUCAUGAUAAUCAUGUUCUCUCUUCUCAUACUUAUUGAAAUGAUCCUCAUUAGCCCAUCUGCAUCUAUUGCCCUGGAUGAGCUUACUCCGUUUGGUAAAGAUCACGGUGAUAUUAUGUUAGCUCCCGGGUUUGAUGGAGACUCAGGCGAAAUCCGUAUUACGAGGUCUUUUCCUUUCCUUGGUCGGACCUUUACUUCCUUGUAUGUAGACAUCAAUGGAGUAAUAGCGUUCGAAAAAGCAUUCGGAGAGUUCGACGAUACAAAAAGGUCUCAAAUUGCUGGCACUACAUCAAUGAUUGCUCCAUUUCUGGGAGAUAUUGAUACAGAUGAUGGAGGCGCUAUAUGGUACAGACAAAACACUACCAAGCAAUUGUUAGAAGAGGCGUCAACCGACGUUAGAAAUGCUUUCCCAGAAUUCCCACACUUCUCGGCAGUAUGGAUGUUUGUAGCUACUUGGGCGAAAGUACCAGCGUUUCUAAGCUCAAAUCUGAGUAUCACCAAUACCUUCCAGUCAGUAUUGCUAACCGAUGGUAACUAUUCGUUUGUUCGUUUUAACUACCACAAGAUUACAUGGACAACAGAGACAAGUGGAACUGAAGCAGAGAUUGGGUUCAACGCUGGGUUUAGUAACUACUACUAUAAUGUAGCUCCUAACAGUAUACGGAACAUUAGUAUACUAGAUCUUCCUUACAAAUCAAACGUCAACAAACCAGGAGUGUGGAUGUUCAGGACAGACAACAUCACAAUACAAGAAGGAUCAGGACAAAUAGUCGUAUCAGGUGAUUUUAAUGUUUGCUCAGACAGCACRAUCACAUUCACCGUUGCAUCGCUCUCAUCCCAUCUCAACAUCAAAGUAGUUUCUUCUCCUUUCAUCUCAUCCCAUUUUAACGACGUUUUGACAGUCAAAGCGUUGCAUUUGAUUUGAGGUGUUCUUUUCAGCUUUUCACCUCAUGCAAUACAAGUUUAAGAUCUGUGAGGGAAUUUUAUCUUGCUUAUUCUCGUGUGUACAUUCUCGCGUGUUUUGAAUGUGCAUUGGGAAAAAGUAAAGUUGGCUAUUUCUAAUGGUUGUGACGUCACGUACGUGACUUCAGUUUCCCUAUAAUGUCUCUUACUGACGUUAUCAGUGUCACGCUAAACGAUAACGGCUGCCGGUGGGAGACUUGUCUUUCGAGAAACCUUAUUUUGGAGUCGUUUCAAACGAAAACGAAAUAAAGUUUUAUGAGAUCGCAUGACGCAAAUGAAGAUCUAUAAACGGCUACCCAUCAACUACUUUCCAUGGCUCGAACUUGAACAGGUAAGACCUGUACUUUGGAAAUUAACACACAUUUAUUAUAUUCAUACCGAUGAGAUACCAGGUAUUCUCUAGUUGUGAAAAUGCAAUAUCGUGAACCAUAAAACAUGAUAAAAAGAUAUCAUAUCUUUCACAUGUGAAGAUAUCAUUGUUUGCAUCGUGACACACUUUUUCAGCCAAUUAGAUCAAUAUUUAUAUAAUAGAUCGAUAGAUCGAUAUGUAUAUAAUAAAUAGAACAUUUUAUACAUGGACGCGCGGAAAUACUAAUUUAUUUCCGAGCGUCCUUGUAAUAUCCUCUCUGUAUUGGUCUGUUGAAAUAUUAAAUUGAGUUUUAAGGUAGUGACAAAAGUCCUGGAGUAAUUACACUCUCAAGAAAUCUUCGCGAAUAACAUGCCAAGUGGCCAUACACUCCAGUCAUUCAAACAUUUCAGUGCAUUAGAUGUCGUAGCUUAUCAUGAUUAAAAACUGAAGGUAUAAAUACAUUUGUGAUUGAAUCUUUAAAAUCAAAACUGUGUGGUAUUCAUUGGGUCAUUACAUCAACCACUGUUGUAGAAAAGAAGUGGACAAUUAAAGUACCAUAGAGGCUUUAAAUUUAGUAAAUGGUCAUGUUUGAAAGGCUAUAUCGUCUCAAAAUAAACUGAUAAUCAUUGUACAUUCAAUUUGUUAGGUAAGCAGUCAAGAGCAAGACGUUUACUGCAUAGYUCUUAUGGUGUCUUACCGAAAUCUAGAAACUAGAAUCUAGAAUCUAGAAAUCUAGACCGCGGUCGGGAAGUACAGACCAAACUCAGCGAGAAGGCGAGAAGGAAGGACUGCUGAAACCAUUCGCAUUGCCAUAGAGUGAAGAGCGAUCAUUUGUUUUUGAUGAAGUAAAGUUGAGCAUCAAGGUUGCCUCAAGGGCACUCAAUUUCUGCAUCAAAACGAUGACCAAAACUCUGGAGAGAUUUCAAUUACUACGACGUUUCCGUACUUCAACAAAAGUUUUGAUUCGUUAU